UCUCCCUGUAUUUGUGUGCGGGGUGAUUGCAUGGAAUCGCGUUCAUGUUUGGGAACAUCCGUGUAAAGUCAGAUUAGUAUUUUUAUCCAGUGUUUUAUUAAUUACUCGUAAGUCGUCAAGUUCGCGGGGAUUCAUCAGACAACAGCGAUGGGCAAGAAAGACAAACAGUUCCAAAUCGGUGAUUUGGUUUUCGCCAAAGUUAAAGGUUAUCCGCCCUGGCCGGCGAAAAUUACCAAGAUUGCGAGCAAGAAAUACAAUGUCUACUUCUAUGGAACGGGAGAAACAGCUAAUAUCAAACUUGAGGAUCUCUUCGGCUAUGUGGAUUCUAAGGAGAAAUUUGCGACUGAAAAAAACAUGAAAAGGAACAACUUCCGCGAAGCGAUGGAACAAAUUGAAGCAGCGUUGAAUGGCGAAGAUUCGGCUCCAAUAAGUAUGGAAGCGUUAAGGCAGGAUAUUAACGAAGUUCCAGAAAACAAUGAAGCUGAUGAGUCGAAAAUCGAUCAAACUUCCUUGGAUGCUGAUGAUACAUUGGUGACGAACGAUACUUUGAAUGACUCUGCAGUACCUGAUGUGGAUAAAUCAACGGUAAACACAACAGUUUCAGAAACACCUAUCAAGGAUACAGAAAUCACCAGUCGAAGUGGGCGUAAAAUAAAACCUAAAAGGUAUAUUGACGAGGACGAGCCACCUGCAGUGAGGCGACGCACCACUUCUGAAAAUACCCCUGUCAGACCCAGCAAAAUUGCAAAGAUUGACAACAAUGUGGAGGAACAGAAGGAAAAAGUUUCCUUGACGGAAAUUUCGUCCAACACAAACAAAGUAGAUUCAAUUGAUAAGGACACAGGAGUCAACGAUUCUAAAAAACAACCACCCAUUACAGCAACGAGUACACUUAUCACAAAACCCGAAAAGCAUAAGAAUCUUCUGUUAGCCAUCACACCAGAUGGGAAAUGUGUUGGAGUUAAAUUAGAUAAGAACAAACCCGAUUCCUUUGCGAGUGAUUCGGACCGAAUAAGCUGGCAAAAGAGCACAGCUAAAGCGGCAUUUAAACUCAAAGAGGACAUCGAGAGUGGUAAAACCGAUAUAGGAUCAGUUAGGGAGCAAUUAGAUCUGAAUCCAAAUGUACCAAUCCAUCAAAUUGAAAGAAUGAAACACGACAUGGGAAUUGCAGAAAACAUUUCGCAGCAAAAAUAUUUGUCACUGGAAAGGACACUCAUCGACAUGAAUUUAAAAAUAAAGUCUACAGUUGGAUUGACGAAAGCAGAUGUUGAUAAAUGCUUGGAACUUCUGGACGAAUAUAGAGAGCUUGAAAUCACACCACUUAUGCUUAAGAAGAAUCCGCAUUGUGUGGAAACAAUGAAACGGUUACGACGCUACGUGGGCAAUUUGAAAGAAUGGAAAAUUUCAGAUGAGGAGAAGUUGCAAUUUUUAGAGAAGGCCGAGAAAAUUAGACAAAAGUCAGAAAGUAUUUAUAAUAAUUUUAAGAAAAUGUUCACAAUUCCCAAAGGAAAAUCCUUCUGGGAGGCGUUUACAGAAGAAGUGGAGGACUUCAGAGAGAGAACAAAGUCACUGAGCGCGGACGAGAAAGUAACGCUAAUAGAGGAACCCAUUCGCUCCGAACCUGAACGUGUUGAAGCAGAUAAUGGACAGAAUGAAGAGGAUCAGCAGCCAAACUCGAAAAAUGAUGAGGAAAAUAGUGAUUCAAAUAACGUUACAACCGAAAAACUGGCCACUCCUGUUGAAACAACUGAAGUUAAUUGAAUUCAUGCACGUUUGAAUUUUCUUAGUUCAAUAAUAUCUAGUAAUUUGUAAAUACAUGCGAAGUUUUGUAUAAUUUCUGUUUAUUUAGACGAAUUUAUUUCCAGUCAUCUUCGAGCUUUUCCUUUCGUUUCCCUUUAAUUUAAUUCAAUGCAAAUAAGAUCCGUUGGCUGGGUUUUAAUUUGUAGCAAUAACAAGAGCUAGCUAACGUGGUUGAAUAGGUAUCUCGAAAUUGUUUAUCUGGUAAAUCAUUUCAGCAUUUUCUGCUCAAUUGCAUUCAACAUGUGUAACGGGAUUUUGAUAUUUAAAUAUAUUAACAAUAGUAAUAUAAUAUAUGAGUGGAGGUACAAUUCCCAAGUAAAUAAAUACACAAUUAGACAAAUGACACGAAGGGUUCUCAAUCAAGCGAGAGAGAGGGUCGCAAGACUAGGUCAAGAUUAGAAAAAUUGUAUUAAAUUAAUGUUUUGUUCCCAUUUAUUUUCUUUUCCUUUCUUUGUUUUGUAUGAUCGUGUUUAACAUAAUUUCCCGCAUGAUGUCUGGACUACAUCUGAAACGAAAUGUACGUCAUUUUAAUGUGGUUAUUUUGAUAUUAAAAUACAUCUUUCAAUAUGUAUCGGUUAUGAUGUGAUUGCCAUUAUCGUGUUGUUGUUUUGAGACGUGAAGAUUAUGAAAGAAAUGUAUUUUACGCUUGCAUUUUUCUGAUGUCUGAUCAGCGUAUUAAGAAUAGAUAUCUUUGCGAAGGAAAACAUUUUGGACGCAAUUGCUUGAGAGUAAUUACGCAAUAAUCGGAUUCGUCUUGGAUCUUACUCAUGUAUAUUUGAACUACUAAAAUUAAUAAGGCAGAACGUUCAUUAUUUCUACCAGUAUAAAUAUUUUAAGGAGGUAUUUUAUAAAUAUAAAUCCCAAAAUGAAAUUCAAUCGCCCUCACCACACGCUUGUAAGUGCAGUACAUUUAAUGUACCUUUCUGAAGAAAAAAAAUCACUUUAAUGCAUCUGUAUGAAGAUAGUAUGUAAUAAACAAAUAAUAAACGUUCAAAUUUU